AUGCCUCGAAAGAGAUCAUCGUGGUUCUUGUCCAAAAGAUGGCGGCCGAAUAAGUGGCCCUUCUACAUCUGCCUCGGCUUCGAAUUUGCUCUCACCGUCGCCCUGCUCGCCCUCUUCGGCAUUGCCGCUCCAGACACAUAUCGUACCAAACUGUGGCAGGAUGGCUCCGAUAAUGGCUUCAAUUCCUCGCCUCUCACCGGCAUCUACGCUGCCGCCAACUAUCGCCCAUACAAGACUCCCACCGUGUGGUCAAAGACAUUGACCAACUACAACCUCGUCAUCGUCGUUCUCAGCAUGUUCUUCAUGAUUGUCAAGUCGAUCAUGUAUAUCGUCAAUGUCUUUCCCCCUAUUCUGUCUGCUAUCGUCCACGCCGUUCUGGUGGCACUCUACACCGCUUCAGUCUACUACCAAGGGUCGUCCGACACCAGCGACCCGCAACACCCCCAGAAUGGCCCUGCCUGGUAUAUCACCAAGUCUUGUUCCGUUGCGCACUUGGAGUCCAACGUGGGCUACUGCAAGCAAGCCAAAUCUGCUUUCGCUGCCUCUGUCUCCCUCCUGGGUAUUUUUGUUAUUUACCUUGGCUUUGCCAUCUGGUCCUCCUUGCCGAGCAAAGCUCAUCGUGAAGAGGUCGCAUUGGAGCGUAAAGAACGCGACGAGAAGUACUCAAGGAUGGAAGCGAUGCAUGAAGAAGCCAAAGCAGCCCGAGCCGCUGAAUAUGGCCUGGAAACAGGCAUGCCACCCGAGACACCUGGCCUGCAGAGUGGUAUGAACCCCAUGACGCCGAGAACGACGGCAUUCAACAAGCUGGGCGGGACCAAGGACUUGCCGCUGCGAAACCACUUCAGCAGUCCAAGACCCACCAGCCCCAGCUACCAAUUGAGAAGUCCUGGGAUACCAAGGAGUCCGAUGAAUAUGGACAGUUUCGGGACCGUACAGCAGACUCCACAGCCACAGCCACAGCAGUCAGAGCCCCAGGCGCACACAAGUCCGAAGCCGGGAGAUGCCAUGUAUUUCCCACCACCACCUAAGAAGGCCAACAAGAAGUGA